CGUCAUUGUUGAGCUCCGAAAUUGAAAUCAAUAAGCGAUGUGCAAUGUCGUGUGUACAUCACGGACGGUGGGAAAUGGCGAUUAUGCCAAAACAUCGUGUUAGAUCGCGUUGCGCUUGAUUCUGGGAACGACAAAGAGGCUGCCCGUCAGCAGAAUGGCUCGCAACAGCAAGAGGAAACUCGCGAUUUUCGCGGGUACAUCGAAGUGUCUCAUUUACGCAGAAGCAAAGUACUGUGCCUCUGAAAUGCCUGGAGAAAUAAAAUAUUACGAAUGUUUGAAAACAGAGUAUUGUUGCGCGUUUGGUUGUUGCGUAUCACCCGGACUUCACUUCCACCACUUGUGGUAUUACUGGAUCCUCGUUAUAAUCAUGUUCCUGGUGUGUUCCGGUGGCGGCUGGUGGUACCGAUACUGGCUGCAAGGCAGAUAUCGUGCGGCCGCCUCGGCCAUCCCGAGCCGAUCCUCCAACUCUCGGUCCCAGAAUUCUCUCCGUAACGCGCCCUGCCAGGCGCAGCAAGCUCGCAUCACGUACAACUCGGCGCGGAACACCGUCCUGCUGCAUCGUAUGUGGAAAGGCUCGUGUUCUUUUCUGAGGAAUCCGUCUCGUCCCCAAAGGAGCACGGCGGCGCCUGCGUACAACGGCAACGCGACCACGUCUACGCACUAUCAGAACAUGAACGUCGUGCUGAACGACACCAGUUGCCCUUACUAUCAAUUAUACGGGCCUCCGCCGAGCUACGAGACGGUGAUAGCACAAACGCGCGGCAAAAUCGGCAGUCCAGCGUCGCCGGCGACGGCGGCGGAGCCGUCGUCCACCACGCGGCUCAACCACCUGCAACCGGCGAACGUGAUACCGAAUCCGAGUGUACCGCAGUGCUUCUUCUACUGUAGCUCGCCGGCGCGGUUGGUGAACGGUGGCGCGAAUCAGUGUCAUCAGGCUGACAACGCGAGCGAGGGUGUCCCUCCCUUCGCGCAUUACUCGCAGUACUGCGCGGCGAACGGCGCCGCGAUCGGCCAGAACGUGUGCGUGCCCCUGGAGUACCCGGAGGAAUCGGCAGGAGUGCCGGCUGCCGUACCCGGUGGUUUCGCUCAUCAGCAUUACCCGGCCAGCCCGCAACGUCCACCAGGAUACCCGGUGGACGUGUCGGACGUCCGGAACGCGGAGGGGCACGCGAUGCUGAACGUCAACGGCGCAACUGAUAGCUGCGUCGCUUCGUGGUGCCCCGCGAGCGAUCAAUCCGCAUUGAAGGUGCACGGCAGGGUCACCGUGCCAGACGGCGGAUGCGGCAUGACGGCCGCGGGCACGCACACUUCCUCGCCGAAAUCGGAAACGAAUGGCAGCCUCGAGGGCGACGCGAAGCGGAGCGAUGUCCUGUUCGCCACGGUGGUGGUCCCUGAAGCGACGCGAAGAAGCUUCUCGCGAGAGCGUACGGGUUACGGCGGCUCGCUGCGACUGCCACGCCGAAGCACGGCCGGGGCGAUCGUUCAUCGAGGUGACGGCUUCCACAGAAUCUCCUUCAGGGGCUCGUCGAGCUCCCAACGGCGCGUUUGCGAUUCCGCGCGGACGACCGUCGCCGAGAGCGCGGCCCGCGACGCGAGUCAGCUGGAAGAACGCGCGGUGCAGGCCGACGCGAAUUCUUCUCAAUCAAAUCCAUCCAAUAAUGUGAUAUUAGGAUCGUUUAUUUGCGAGAGCACGCGAUCGCCCGCGUGCGAGAACGCCGGGGAGGCGCACGAUGAUCCUCGUGCAAUGAAUCGGAGUACAAACUUUGAUCCUGAAAGUAAACACAAAUUAGACAGAUCGAAGUCGCUAGACUGAGCGUAGAUGGGAAAACUCUCUCGUCGUUCCACUUAUCCGCCGUUAUUCUUGUACGUCUCUGUUAUUCGCGUGGCGAGUAGUUAAUCGUUUGUACAGAGCGGUUUGAUUCGUUCAGGAUCGGAACAUAUCGGAGUGGUCUUCAGCUGGUUCCAUUUUAUUGAAAGUAAUGCGAAAUUGUUUUUUUUCAGCGCGUAUAUGUACAUGCGUGCUACGUUCAAUGACGCAGAUGCGGCAAAUGCGUCAGAUAAAUGAGCGUUAUAUUAUUUUAUAUCAUAUUACGCCUUUAAUUACCGAAUCCGAGGAUUGUGUGUGAAUCUCGUGUCGUACUCGUUGUCGUAUCUCGCGCGGACUUAGCGAAUCUAAUGUACUUGACCUCAGACUUAUAAAUCGCACUUCUGCAAUAUUUUUCGCAAAUAAUACCGCAAUUCCGAAGCUAAACUAUUUUGAUUACCUACUGAUAUACUAUAAUGUUAUUGUCUAAGUGUGAUAGACGGUAUAGUUCUAUUCGAAUACUCGUCGACGAGCGCAUCUCAUUCCCGAUAUCUGCGACGCAAACUGCCAUGAAAGAGAUCUUUUCGAAUCGUCGUAUCGGACAAACUUCGAUCGAGACUUUUUAUUUCACCGCACUGACACUCUACGUAAUUUAAGGUCUUAGAACGAUAAUAUGCUGUCUCAAAAGCGCGUAUUACCAGCGGCCCAAUUCAAUCCACUUACGCACAAACGAAAUAUCAUUCUGUUUAAUUGCUCCGUAUUACAAUGGCGCACGUAAACGAAUAAUUAUCUCAUGUUUUUUUUUCAAUUCUCGAAGACGCACUUGUGAACCAGGUCUUUACGGAAGAUACAGUCCCUCUCUCUAUCUUCUCGAUAAUGUAUAAGAUUCAUUUUAAAUACUACAAAUUUUGAUGUAUUUUCUAUAACGAUAAUAUUAAUAUCAAACUUGACAAUGCCGAAACGAGCAGAGUGUAUGCGCGCGCGCGUGUGUGUGUACUGUGUGUGUAUGUGUGUGUUUCAAAUCGGUUUCCUCUACAUAUUUAAGCCUCUAUUAUAUAUGUGCACGUUAAUAUUGUAUCUCGAUAUCGAAGGGCGCGCAAGUUUCAUUUACUAUUUUACUCACACAUAUACUUAACGUUAAGAUCUAGUUAAAAAAGGGGAAUUCUAAUUUGUUUACAAGCAAGAACGAAGCACGCUUCGAUGAAAUCGCAGAGAAUGAAAAAAAAGAAGUUAACAGAGCAGAAUUCAUGCAAUGAACAAUGAGGAGGUAUAUAUGCUGGAGCACAUGACAAUUCAAUUAGACUUAAUUAAGCGCGGUCACGCUCGUAAGUGUGACGCAGUCAUUAUAAUUUCCACGUGCACGAUCAGAAGCGUCCGGGUACUCGCACAUCCACUUGCCUCCGCAUGUGCAUGAAGGGUGAAAGACUGUCCUCGUGCUGUGACGUGAGUAUUUCGUUUACUCUGAUCCAUAUCAAUUGUUAAUACAACAAUUAAACAUCAAUCGCACGUUAGAUUAAAUUGUAUUAACUCAGCGAUCGAUUAAAACCCGCGCACCAUUUCCGUUUGUUUCGCGAUACGCGCUGAUCCUUCGGAACUUAAUUGUCGUCGAAAUAUUCUACAAUACAAUCGUCAAGUGCGCUGAUCCUUUGACUUGGGUUCUCGAUCAUUAAUAGCGGUCCAAGAAACGCGUACGUGCCAAUAGCGACAAGUCCGUUAGAUAAGUGUCGGGAGCAUCGGACGAGCGAGUCCACCCCCAUGUGGUCUCACAGCCAAGGAGGUCUUACCUUUAAGAUGCAAAGCAGAAUAAGAGAGAGAUAUAUAUACACAAUUAUUUUUUGUAACCGAUCCUAAUUGAUGAGCAACAACGGGCCCGCUCAAAGACGGGCCCGCGUGAUUAUAUCGUAAGCUUGUACUAUUGUAUAUCGUAUCUAUACACGGACACCGAGUCUACGAGAAAUUUUUAGUCAGAAGCCACUAUAUUUUGUGUGCGUGCGUAGCCUGCGCGUUAUAUCGUAUUAUAGCUUUAACGUUAAGCUCUAGUCCGGACUCGGUCUUCUUCACCGUAAUGUGCAAUCAUGUAUUCGCGCGGAAUCGAUGACACUGUUAGAUACUGUACCUAAUGUGAAAGGAUGUCUGUCCGAAAUAAAGACAUGAAAUAUUUAUUCACGUACAUACCU